AAUGAGUUUAGUUGAUUGCCACCCAUCAUCAAACUUUGACUUUGACCAUUGACCGGGGAGACACUAACCUUUAUACCACGUCGAGUUGGAGUAUGCUUAUUAGAAUAAGUAAUGAGAUUAUGAGACCCAACGUCGUCCUCCCCAUCUUCUCCUUCGACCACUCCCUCCCCUUCAAAAUCUCCUCCUCCAUUGUUUCAACACAACUUCUAUAUUCAUAGAAGCAGAAGAUAUAGAAACAGCAAAAUAGAGAUAGAGUGAGGGUUAGAACAAGGAAGGGAGAAGAGAAGGGAGAUGGGAAGGAAGGGAGAGAGGUUUGUGAAGAUACCGAGCUAUUUCCGGUGUCCGAUAUCGCUGGAAGUGAUGAAGUCGCCGGUGAGCCUGUGCACCGGCGUCACCUACGACCGCAUCUCCAUCCAGCGGUGGCUGGACUCCGGCAACACCACGUGUCCGGCCACCCGGCAGAACCUCCCCUCCACCGACCUCGUCCCAAACCUCACCCUCCAGCGCCUCAUCCACCUCUGGUCCUCCCCGCCCUCGUCAUCCUCCGCCGCCGCCGCCGUCCCCCACCUCAACCGCGGCGACGACAUCCUCCGCGAGCUCCGCUCUUCCGCUGCGGAUCCCCUCCCGGCACUCCGCAAGCUCGUCGAAUUCUUCUCCGACGACGAGAACGACGAAUUUGAGAAGAAUAAUCUCGUCAAUGCCGGUGGUUGCGCCGCCGUUCUGGUCUCCGUUCUUGCGAGGAAGAACGACGACGAGGAGGCCGGAUUGGAGACGUCGGAGGCGGCGAUUAGGGUUCUUGCUCUGAUCUUAACCUCCGAUUUUAUCGAAGAGGCCAACACGAAGAUCGCGAUCUCCGCCCUCGUUUCAGAUCUCAACGCAUUGGUUUCCACUUUGGUCUCCGUACUGAAAAAGGGCAGCAGUCUCGAAUCGCGGAUCGACGCGGCCACGGUUCUUGAAUCGGUACUGGGGUUGCCGGAGGCGGCGAAGGCGAAGUUGGUGAUCGCCGAGAAGGAGGAGGUCAUCGCGGAGCUGAUCCGCUUGAUCGGGCCGUCGGAUGAUAAAGGGACGAUGGAUCGGAGGGCGGUGCAGGCAGGGCUGGGGUGCCUGGCCGGGAUCGCCGAGGUAAGGCGUGCGAGGGUGCGGAUAGCGCGGCUGGGGGUGGUGCCGGCGGUGACGAGGGUGCUGGCGGCGAAGGCGGAAGUGCUGCCGGCGGCGGCGGCGGAGAGGGCGAUGAGGGUGAUGGAGGCGGCGGCGGGGUGCGCGGAGGGGCGGGCGGCGAUCUGCGAGGCGGCCGAAGAGAGCGUGGGGGCGGUGACGGGGCGGAUGAUGAAGGCCGGAAGGGAGGGGGCGGAGGCAGCGGUAGCGGUGCUGUGGACCGUCUGCCACCUCUUCCGGGACCGCCGGGCGGUUGAGGCGGCGGCAGCGGCGAACGGCGGGCUGACGAAGUUAUUGCUGUUGAUGCAGAGCGGGUGCUCGCCGGCGGCAAGGCAGAUGACGGCUGAUUUGCUCAAGAUAUUCAGAGUGAAUUCUAAGAGCUGUCUUCCUGGUUAUGAUACAAAGACUAUCCACAUCAUGCCCUUCUAAAAACCGAUCGAGAGAGAUCCUUUUUUUAUUUUUUGCUCCCAUUAAAAAAAGUGGAUUUUUCUAAAUGGAUAAAGGGUGUUUUUAAUUUUGCUUGAUCAAAAGAAAGAGGGAAAAAAAUUGAAGAAUCUUCUAAUCCAAUUUUACGGACAAAUUUGCAAGAGUCUGAAUCCUCUUUUUCUUUUCACAAGUUUCCUUUUUUUUUUCCCGAUUAUGGGGAGAAAUUUUGUUGUUUUUUCUCUAUGAAUGAUGAGAGAGGAACCAGUUAUCAUA